AUGACCGCCGUCGCCAUGACCACCUACACUACAACCACCGUCUUCAUGACAGCCGUCGCUACUACCACAGUCACCACAACCACCGACCGUCGCCACGACCACAAUCACCGGCGGGCGCGGAACGGCGCGCUGGCGGGCGACACGUCCCGUCACACGCGGAGCGCGGCCGACAUCGAUCAAGAGGGUGUCGCCUGCUCGUUAGCGCCCGCUAAUGAGGUCGUCACGGCGACGGUGAUUGCAGACACUAACAUCAGCGCCAUCGCCAGUCAGGUGGAGAGCAUGUCCACCGGCCCCCGCCCAGAGACUCCUGCAGCAGAGGCUGAGCCCCCCCAGCCCAAGACCAUCACCCUGGAGAAGGGCUCUGAGGGGCUGGGCUUCAGCAUCGUGGGGGGGUUCGGCAGCCCCCACGGAGACCUGCCCAUCUACGUCAAAACCGUCUUCGGCAAGGGGGCAGCGGCGGUGGACGGCCGUCUGAAGCGGGGCGAUCAGAUCCUGUCGGUGAACGGGGAGAGCCUGGAGGGGGUGACGCACGAGCAGGCGGUGGCAGUGCUCAAACGCCAGAGGGGUGCGGUCUCCCUGGCGGUGUUGUCUUAACGCCGUCGCCGUGGGAACGCCGGCACCCAGGGCACGC